AUGGCUUCAGAAAAAAUCGGUUACGAACUUGAUCUUGCACCAGUUGAAAAAAAAAAUCCAGACGCGUAUAGGAAACUUGGUUCUGGUCGGUGGUUAGAGUUGGAGGAAAUCGAAUAUAUCGACCCAAAAGCAAAAGUCGCGAGGAAGUGGGAGGUUUGUAAAAGGAAGACUGUCCUCGCCACGAAUAGCAAGAAGAGAGAGAUUGAUGGUCAAAAUCCAACACCUUUAAUAGUUCUGGUAGUUCAAUAUAGACCCGCAAUUGGAAAAUAUUGCAUAGAAUUUCCUUCGGGCUUAAUUGACGCUCAAGAAACCGUGGAGACUGCGGCACUACGCGAACUUCGUGAGGAAACGGGUUACACUGGCAAGGUUAAAAACGUGUCAGACCCCAUCUGCUACGAGCCAGGGAUAACGAAUUCAAUGACCAAGAUUGUUGACAUUGAGAUCGACCCCAAUUCAACAGAUAAUAUUGCUCCCACACAACUUUUGGAGGAAGAUGAGUGGAGCUUGCAAGUGAUAAAGGUUCCUCUCAGGAAGUUAUAUGAAGAAUUGCGAGGAUAG